ACAGCCCUUAGGGCUGAUGUCACACAGUCGAAGAUGGAAAAUCUAAGGCUCAUUUCUGCUGUGUCUUCUCUCGAGGUAUUCCGAAUGAAUGUGACGAACAAUCACUGUGAUUUAAACAAAAAAGUAGGAUUUACAGCUGGUAUGCCCUCGUCAUCCACUUAUUGGUCCAGUGAUGUAAUGGUCUUUUCAAAAGUGAUCACCAACAUUGGAGGAGGUUACAAUUCUAACACUGGGAUCUUCACUGCUCCUGUCGCAGGGAUGUACCAUUUUUUUCUAAAUUUAGUUGGUUAUGAUACUAAGUCUAUUGACCUUCACGUGGUAUCAAAUGGGAAUUCGAAGGUGACAGCGAUGUCCGAAGCCUCAGCUAGCUCGACAUACCAAACAGGGACUAACAUGUUGGUGGUACGUCUCGAACAAGAUGAUACAGUGUGGAUUAAACGGAAGUCGGGUUCUGGAUACUAUUCAGACAGUAUUCCGUACACCACUUUCUCUGGUUUUCUUAUUUAAUG